AUGGGCGGCGACCUGAAGAAUCGACUCAAGUUCUGGCGUCGAGCAUCUGCUACGUCCAGCUUAGCCAGCCUAGAAAGUACCGGUACACCUGAGAAGCCCCAGACGCCGACACGAGGACAGGCACCGCGACCGCAGACGGCUCGAGUACAUAUUGACAUAGACUCCCCUUCACUGCCUCCAUUACGGGGGUUUAUGGUUCCUGAGAAGCAGGAGGAGGAGACGAAUAACGGCGGUAGAAGAGGUGGAAGUGGGAGUGAAGCUGCCACUGGAAAGUCGUGGUCGAGUUUGGAGGCGGAUGUGCCAGCGUCUGAUGCUGUCCUAGUGACUACUUUACAGAGUAGUGAUCUACGCCACCAAACUACCAGUGAAGCCUCCAAACACCAAGACAACAGCGACAAUAAAAUCAACAAGCACGAUAGCACGUCGACUGCCGAUUUCCCAACCCCGAAUACUGAUUGUCCUACCGUACCCGAAGAGCAGUUACUGGAGGUUGAAGUGGGGAUUAGUGUCGGGGCCCAGUUUAGCGACCCUGCACCUACAUCAAGCUCCAACAACAACAAGAACUCCAAGCUGCAACGUCCGGCAGAGCUACCGCGACGACAGAGCUUACUUGCGCCAGGACAAACACAGUUGAUCAAUACACUGCUAGAGAUACCGGCCCAGUCGCAAGCCGCUACUCUUGAUUCCUUUACGAAGAACAGCCCAACGACCGGCAGUGCGAAUACGAUGAGCAGGAAGAUUUGGGUCAAGCGCCCCGGGGCUUCCGCUACGCUGGUUACGAUUCAUGAGGAUGACUUGGUGGAUGAUGUGCGGGAUAUGAUCUUGAGGAAAUAUGCGAAUUCGCUGGGCAGGAAUUUUGAUGCGCCGGAUGUUACGUUGAGGGUUGUUCCUAGGGAGCAGAGACAGGAGAGGACACUGGGGCCAGAGGAGUCGAUGGCUAAGAUGUUGGAUACGUACUACCCUGGGGGCCAGGCUGUGGGUGAGGCUCUUAUUAUUGAUGUGCCUUUGAGGAGGACCCCGAAGCCUUCACCACAGCCGUGUAGGUCUUAUUACGAGGAUGGAAGACCACUGGAAGGAGGGUCGGAUUACUUUCCUCCUAUGCCAGUACCGAUUAUACCUUCACCACAUUUACAAAACGCUGUACCUGUUAAUGGCCAGCAAAAUGGACAUCAUCUAGCUCUCACGCAGCACUCCAUGCCAGGUACCGGCCCUCCCAUCACCAGGCGCGAGCAGACGACCACAUCACCGCGAGCGACCACGAAUAGGACGAACGCAUACCGCGUCCCCGACAAUUCUACAGUCCCAUCCACAGCAUUCACAACAACCUCCCGUCAUCAAUGGUACGCAACCGUACCCCCGAGUUUCCCACUCCCGAACUCACUCCAGUACGUCAGAACACAGCGUCGCCCAAGCACCACCCACGGCGCCCCCCUCUCCCAACCCCUCCAGCACCCCCCACAACAAGACCCUUCCCUCCCUAUUCCCCUCCAAAUCCAACGUACCAUCACACCACCCCCACGAGUCUCCUCUCCCCGCCCAGUCGCCUCCCGGCCUAAGAAAUACAAAAAGGCAAACAAUGACCACCCGUCCCUACCUGCCGGUAUGCUCAACGGCGGCGUACCCCCCAUAAACGUCCUGAUCGUCGAAGACAACAUCAUCAACCUGAAACUCCUCGAAGCAUUCAUGAAGCGCCUAAAAGUGCGCUGGCAAACGGCUAUGAACGGUAAAGAAGCUGUAACGAAAUGGCGGGCUGGCGGAUUCCAUCUAGUGUUGAUGGAUAUCCAGUUACCGAUCAUGAGUGGGCUGGAGGCGACCAAGGAGAUUAGGAGGCUGGAGCGGUUGAAUAGUAUUGGGGUUUUUAGCAGUAGUGCUAGUAGCAGUGCGCCGAAUGGCAAGGGGGGCGAGGAGGUCGUGGCCGAGGGCGAGGAUCGGUUGCCCAGUAGUGUGUUGUUUAAAUCGCCUGUUAUCAUCGUUGCGCUCACGGCGUCGAGUUUGCAGAGUGAUAGGCAUGAAGCUUUGGCGGCUGGCUGUAAUGAUUUCUUAACUAAGCCUGUCAACUUCGUCUGGCUAGAACGCAAAGUCAUGGAAUGGGGAUGCAUGCAAGCGCUGAUUGACUUUGACGGCUGGCGUAAGUGGAAGGAUUUCAGUCAGAUACAGGCGGAUGGGGAGGGCGGGGAUGGAGGGGAGAAGAAGAAGAAGGGCGCUGGUGGCAGGGCGGGGAAGAAACUGGCGAGGCUCAGUAGUGGUGGUGGGAGCAGUAGUGGUGGGGGCACUUUGGCUGUUGGUGGAGCUUGA